GGCGCUGGGAUCGUUCUCCAUGGCUAAAACCAGGCGAUCAGGAGACAAGAGGGUGCAAAUGGGCAGAAGCUGACAGGCUCGUUGUCGUCAGUCACUGAGUGAAACUGCUGCCGCUGGAGAGCCCUGAACGCCAGCUGGUUGACUCCCGCUGCCCUCCGCCUGUAAAGAGCCCUCACGUGGCCGCAGAGAGACAGACCAAGGCAUCUUACUGGGUGGCCCCGCCCCUCGCGGCGCUGAGGCUGCGCAUUGAAUGCGGCGGCGGCGGCCAAUCGGAGAAGCUGUUGCUGUGAAGUGGGGCGGUGCUGCUGUUGGCCGGAAGCGGAGCGCAGCGUGGGCUGCUGAGUCGGGCGGCGCCAUGGGCAUCCUAACUGGAGUGACCCGCGGCUUGGUCCGGGGAGCGGACCGGAUGAGCCAGUGGACGAGUAAGCGCGGCCCGCGCACCUUCUACAAGAGCCGGGGCGCCAAGCGCACCGGCGAGCACGCUCCCGGCCACAAGUUCGUGGUCAUCAAGGAGAUGGUCCCCGAGUUCGUGGUCCCCGACCUGACCGGCUUCAAGCUCAAGCCCUACGUGAAUUACCGCGUCCCCGAGGGCCUCGACACCCCGCUGACAGCCAAGGAGCUCUUCCUGCAAACGGCUGCUCCCGCGAUCGAAAAAGACUUUAAAGAGGGUACAUUUGACCCAGAGAACCUGGAGAAGUAUGGAUUUGAGCCCACGCAGGAAGACAAGCUCUUCCAGCUGUACCCCAAGAACUUCGCGCGGUAGGCAGCAAGGGACUCCCCGGGGAGCUUUGGAAAGGUCCAAUAAAGCUGCUCUUAACAGCG